UUCUGAUCGUAGCGCUCUUCUUUGAGCCUGGAGUUGGACCGGCGCUGGGAAUGCCGGUCAUGGACCGACGUGAUGCUGGUGUGCCCGUGGUAGGGCUUCAGAGUGGGACGAGAGCCCGGAGGACGCCCGUGCCUGGCCCUCCUGCGCCCCGGCACCCUGGGGAAGGGGCCAGUUCCAGAAACCCCUUGGAAAUACGGAUAGUGUUUUGGUCCUCGCCUCGGGCGCUUGGAAACCAGGAGCCAGGAGGGCUGCUGAGCUCCCGUGCAGCCCCACAACCAGCGUGUGAGCUGGGAAAGGGCUGGUUCCCUGAGCCCCAGCCCUGGGAUAAUAAUCCCGACUAAAUUCCUGAUGGUUUCCGAAAAAAACUUUGGAGCUUGUUCCGCCGCCCGGCCGCUGCGGUUUCCCUCCCCACAAGGCAGGGCAGGGCACCAGCCGUGCCAGCUCCGCUCCCGGCCGCCCCAGGCAGGUGUCACCUCCUGGCACCGCUCCGGAAAGUCGCGCAAAGGUCCCUGGUGCCACCUGCGUAAAACAAACACGGUCCUGGCGGGCUGAAGCCUUAGCCUGAGGAAUAUCGAGCGGAGAGACGGGGCCAAGGGACAGGCUGGCUCCGGGGUGGGGGACCAGGUCUGUGCCCGUGCGUGGCGAGAGGCCGUUUAUUUAUUUUCCUUCUGCUGAUCGGGCGCUUCGUGUGCCAGUGGUGCUGGGACACCCGGAACAAAGGUUGCCGGAGCUUUCCAAAGCUUCCGAGCCGCUUCUGGCAGAUGGGGAUUAAAUGCACCGGGGUGUUUAUGGCUCGCGGGUGCCUCUGGCACGGGGAUGGUUUGCUCCACCCGCGUUUGGUGGUGGCUUUUCCCAGGAAAUGAAAUCCCUCCUGGAUCCAGCCCUGCUGGGUUUGUCCAAGCGUGCGGCACUGAGCGCGCCAUGGACGGUCCCGACAUCUUCCUGGGCCCCUGCGAAGGUGCCCUCUGCGGGGUCCCGGGCCAGAGACGUCGCUGCAUGUCGGCCCUGGAGCCCAGCGCCGCUGCCAGCCCCAGCGCCGAGGCCGGCUGGGAGGAGGAGGAGGAGAAGGAUGAGGAGGAAGAUCAUUUUCGGGGGGUGCCGUUGCGGCGAUCCUGCGCCCUCCGCACCUCCAUCCGCUCCCGGGACCCCUUCCGCCGGCACAGCUGGGAGCCGGGCAAGGAGCUGCGUGGGGUCCCUGGCUAUGGCCAGCUCAGUGUGAGCCUCAAGGGGCUGAGCCCCGAGGACAUGGACUCCAGCGCGGAGCAGCUGGAUGGGCUGGGGCGGCACCAGCGGGACCCCCGGCGAGUCCCCCUCAUCCACAGCCACGACGACCUGGAGUCCCUGCUCUCCCAGGAUGAGGAGGAUGAGGCCGAUGUGCAGCGGGCGCAGGAGGAUGCGUGGAGGCUGCCGGCGUACCGGGCCAGGCAGAGCGGCGGCGGCUGUGCCCUCUCCAAAUCAGCAUCGCUCAGCAUCAUCGACAGCUUCCCCGGCGCAGAUGAAAUUUCCCCCUUCGCCUCCCAGCAGAGCCUGGUCAAUGGCUUCGGCGCCGGGAGCUGCGGGCAGCUGGCGGGGGAGGCGGGGAGCCAGCGCUGGGAAGAGACCCCCCUGGGCCGGACCCUCAGCUUCAUCAAGAGGAUGACGGGGAAGACGAAGGAGAAACCUGCUGGUUGGGUGCUGGAGUGUUUUGGUUGA